AUGAACGAACUCGUUCUCAAUGAUGUCGAUAACGUGACACAAAGGCUGAUGUUGACGUUGGCAUGCGCCAAGAUGUUCAAGGCUUUGGAGGCUUGGAGCUCCCUCAAGCCUCAAGGCUCAAACCCCUCUAUCAACAAGACGUUCUCUGGCGCUGCGAGGCGUCGCGGAUGA